AUGGUCAAGCUCAACCAAAUACUGAGAUGGCUAAAGAAACCAAAGGUACUGAGACUUGUAUGUCUUGCUUCAUCUGUUGUUGGAUUGCUCUGUUAUGCACUCAGUUCCUCUUUCAACCAUUUACUGGGAAACUGGAGCUGGUGGAAAAUGCUUCUUUACAUUGUUUUCAGUUUCAUCAUUUGCUUUUCCGUCUUGUUCGCACCGGCAAGAUCGCGCUCCACCUCUCUCCGGCUGGAAUCUCAUGUGUCAUUUUUGGUUCUCAUAAUCACUUCUGUUUACUCCUUUUUGUUUGAUAAUUUCGUGAAGGGUAAACCAGAUGCAUACAGCCUGGUCUCUUGUGCUGCUUUUGCUACCAUGUCACUUGGCUUGUCAAAUCUUACUCAAUUUGGAUUCCAGAUCGAUCUACUAUAUUUCUUCUGCGGAGGUCUACUAGUACAACUCAUGAAGAUCAAAAUGUGGUUAGUCAUUGUCGGAGGGUGUUUCAGUUAUUCCCUCCUCCAGCUUCGUUACUAUCCGAGCGACACAGACGGGGAGAACCUUCGGCUUGAGGACCACAAUCAAAUAAUUAUUAAAGUUAAUGAUUCAGGGAGUGUUAAUGCUGAUGUUGAUAGUACUCAAGGCACCUCACCAGAAGAUGGGGAUCUUAGAUUCCAAGGCCAUCUACUCACUCAAAGCAAUUCACCUUCACAAGAUGGAAGCGUUGAUGAUGGUCUUAUCAUCCAACAACAGCUCGUGAAUUGUAUAAAGGAGCUUGAGAAUGAGAAUCAUAUGCUUGUUUCCAUGGUUUGUAGUCACGUGGACAAAUACCUUAAAGCCGUGUUCUACUCCAAAGAAGUACCGGAUCCUGACAUCAACUUGGUGAUGAAUGCACUUCCAUCGGAAAUUAUGAGGCGCCUUAAGGAAACCGUGAAACUGAUGGUGGAUGCGGGUUUUAAGGAGGAAUGCAGCGACAUUUACAACAAAUGGCGAAGGGAGUUUCUUGAACAGUGUCUGCAGAAACUUGGGUUGGAAAUUGAAUUGCAAUUUGUAGAGCUCAAGAAACGGAAGAUUAUAAACUGGUUAGACACGUGCAGGGUAGCUGAGAAGAUACUGUUUCCCAAUGAAAGGAAACUCUGCGAUUACCUCUUUUCAGGGUUUUCUGUCGCUGCGGAUGUUUCCUUCGAUAAGGUUUGCGAGGAACUGACGAUUGGUUUAUUAAGUUUUGUCAAUACCACCAUAACAAUUGGGAGCUAUUUGCCGGAUCUUUUGCUCGACUUCUUUCCUAAAAUGUCGAAUUGA